AGCAUUGUUAGUGGAAGUCGUAAACAGACUAACGCUUUACGUUUUUAUCCACUUUUAUUGUUAAGAUAGAGCCGUGAGGACUGUCCAAAUGAAUCAACGUUUAUUAAUGACUUUCUCUACAAUUUAAUAAUAUUUGAUACAAAGUUAAUAACAUUUUAAUCGACGCGGUUUGAUCAUGUUAACGUAGAGUGUUAGCCUGAAAGCUAAGCGGUAAGCUAACGUAACUUAACCAAACAGAGUGAAACAAACUAUUUUAUGGAGUAUAUCAGGAGGAAAAACUGCUGUUACUUUAUAUAUAAAAAGAUGUUUUAAAGUCCAAAUCAACCAGAGACGAACUGUGGAAAUAACGAGAGAGAGAGAGGAGCAACUCUUCAGGUUUGUUCAGUUUUAUUAUUUUAUCAGGUUUUAUUCUCAUUUUCUCAUUAAAAACAUGGAACCAACAGUUGAAGGUUGUAAAUGACCCAGUUUAAGAACUAUUGAUGUGAAUAUAUGUGUUUAAUGAUAGGAAUAAGUUAACCAUCAUGAGAGAGACUGUGUGAAUAAACAGUGCGGUAAUGUUUUUAGGUGUAAAAUUGCAAAGAAAUAAAGAACCAGUGAAAACACAGAUGGACUCCAGCUCAUCUACUGCCUUAGGAGUCACUUAGCUCCCAGUUUCUGUCCCUCUACUCAAUGACAACCAGAAGCUAUCCUGGCCCUGCUGCCUCUGCUAACAUUCUGACCAGUAGGUCUGGUGGUGUUUGGCAGUUGUGGUGUUGCAAAAAGCACUGGGUAAUAGAUGUAUGUUUUGUAAAUACAGUCUAUGGUCACAUCUUUUGGCUGUAUAACAAUUAAAUAUUCAUGGAGAAAGAGUGUGAUUUAAUGAGUUUGUACCUUUUCACACUUGUUUUCUUAAGCUCCUUAAGGGACAGGAUGCUCCACCCAAAGUGUGUGACGGAGAGGUAUCGCAGGUCGUUCCUUCCUGCACCUGUCAGACUCCACAACAGGAACCUCAAUGUGCAAUAAAUCCUAUUAUAAUGUAAAUUCUGUACAAAUGUAAAUUAUGACUCAUGAACAUGUCUUUUUAACUCAAAGUUUCUUUAUCCAUUUUCCUCUUGUUGUAUCUACACUAUGCUUCUGUAAAUUUGGAAUUUGCCCUCGUGGGACUAUUAAAGGAACAUCUUAUCUUUAUCUCUUAUCUUUUCACAGUCUGAAUCAAAUCUUCCAGUGUUGGACAGGUUUUUUUGCAUUAUGAUUUGUUUGUAGUGAUUGAAUUGACCGCUUCUUUGGGUUAACAUUUCCUUUUUACAUGUUGGAAAAUUUGUCAAAUUUCAUGGUUAAAUGUCUGCCACAUAAAUAGUGAUUUGUAAAACUUGUUUGUAUUUCAUAUUUUUCAACAGAUGUUUAGAAGCUGGGAGAAAAAAUGAAGGAUCCCUCUGAGCAGCAGGAAAGGAGCCUCAGUCUGGACCAGGAGGACCCGCCGAAAUCACCCCACAUUAAAGAGGAACAGGAGGAACUGUGGAGCAGUCAGGAUGGAGAGCAGCCUCAAGGGCUGGAUGAGACUGAAAUCAUCAAGUUCACAUUCAAUCCUGUCUCAGUGAAAAGUGAGGAAGAGGAUGAUGAAGAGGAACCUCAGUCCUCACAGUUUUAUGCAAACCAGACUGGAGAGAACAGCGAUGAAGAGCACUUGAAAGCAGAAGCUGAUGGAGAGGACUGGGGAGAACCGGUUUUAGGUUUUAACCCUCGACCAGUUUCUCAUGAGGAGACUUCCUACGCCGACUCUGACACUGAUGACAGUAAUGACUGGGAUGAGACCAGUGAACCUGAACCAGGUUUAAACCCUUUACAGAACAACCUAGUUUCUGCAAGUGAUGAAGAAUCUAACCCUGACAAAACAGCAGUGAGCUCCUCUGACUGCUCUACAAGUUCUGGACGGAGGAGACAGCUGCAGAAACACAAUGGAGUACAAACGGGGGAGAAACCGUUCAGUUGUUUGGUUUGUAGUAAAAGGUUUGGCAACAAGAGAUGCUUAUCAGCUCACAUGAAGCGUCACACGAGAAGACAUUUCUUCAGCUGCUCAGUUUGUGAAAAGAGUUUUCCGAUGAGAGGAGAGCUUGUGGAACACAUGAGAACCCACACUGGAGAAAAACCCUUCAGUUGCUCUGUUUGCGGCAAAAGUUUCACGCAGAGGUCAAGUUUUUACUCCCAUCAACACAUUCACACGAGAGAGAAACUCUUCAGUUGCUCAGUUUGUAAGGCAAGUUUCUGUCGUAAUCUUAGUUUAGUCGAACACAUGCGAAUCCACACAGGGGAGAAACCGUUUAGCUGCUCCGUUUGUGGGAGAAGUUUUUCACGUCGUUCGAAUUUAUACUCACACCAACAAGUUCAUACGAGUGAAAAACUCUUUAGUUGUUCAGUUUGUAAAACGAGUUUUCAACGCAAAACUUAUCUGGUCGAACACAUGAGAAUCCAUACUGGAGAGAAACCCUUCAGUUGUUCAGUUUGUGGGAGAAGUUUUGCCAGUGGUUCAAAUUUACACAGACACCAACAAGUCCAUAAAGAAGAAAAACUCUUUAACUGUUCGGUUUGUAAAGCAAGUUUCCGUUGCAAAACUUAUUUGGUUGAUCACAUGAGAAUCCACACGGGAGAGAAACCGUACAGUUGCCCUAUUUGUAGUCGAACUUUCACACAGAAGUCGGGUUUGUACUCACAUCGUCAGGUUCAUUCAGGAGAGAAACCCUUUGAGUGUUCAGUGUGUAAGAAAAAAUUCACUCGGCUUUUGAGUCUCGACCGACACAUAUGCAAAGGGUUUGUCCCGUCUGAGAGCCAACUAAACUACAGCUGAAAUAGUUAUGUAUCGAAUAGAUAGUUGUACAUUCUGUAUCAGACUUUUUUAAAGAGGGGGUCAUAGGAAACAGGCCAUCCACUUGAGGCACAACUUCUGUUUAUUAAACCUAUGGGUUUACGAUGUCCCUCUAUUCUGGUAGCUCUGUGAAGAUAUCAAAAAUAACAUGUAAGUGUUUUUUUCUAUUAUUAUUAUUAUUUUAGUAUUGUACUUUUGUUGAUGCUAAUGAAGGCAGAGAAAGAAAAUGGAAAUAACAGAAAUAAGGUAAAAGGUGUGGCUCAUUGAUCCCCCCUUAAAGGGAUAUUCCGGUGUAAAAUUACUUCAUCAUUUCCUCGGUAUGAUUGUAUUUCCAUGAAGAAAUGAUCAUAAAUGUUCUUCCUUGAGCUGCGUCACCCCGCUGUAGUCCAUAAUGGACUGGCCUGAGGUCUCGCUACAAACAAGCAGCUGCUGGAAGAGAGUAGGUGAGUUGUGUUUAGUCUCUUUGCUAAAGAAAUUAGUCAAAGUUAAAAAGAUGUUUGGUGUCUAGUACUAUGGCUGGGACCCUAUAUGUCCUGUUGAUGAAGUUAGGUGCUGUUCUGAGCAUUAUUUGUGGCCAUAGAGUGGUGUUUUGGUUGAGCGCGUGGCUCUCUGUAUUGCUAUCCUGCGGUCGUUACUAAAGUUGGUAUAACUAGAGGAGCAAGCGGUCGGCAACAUUCAUCUCUGGAGGGGGGGGUUCUAACUCGGUGUGACGGUGUGUUUGACCCUAAAUUAAGUUUACGCCGGAAUAUCCCUUUAAAAUGACCAUGCUUGGGGUUGGUCCUACCGUGGCGACAAGGUUUAGAGACCCUCACAUCUUCAGACAAUCACAAAGUGAGAGAGAGAAAGCCUGCUCCUGCACUGUCUCUGUUUUUGUUUGUAAAACGGUUUGUCAUCUCACCUCAUCCACUCACAGAUCACCUGUUGUGUUGCAUAAAAUUGAAACAUUUCAAAACUUGAGAUGUGUCAUAUGGUUGUGUUUUUCUACUGCUGGUCCAUGUUGUCAAAAGACAAUAAAAGAGUGUUGCCAUGUGCUUUUUGAUGCAGAAGUUUCUUUUAAUAUGAAUAAAUCUAUCACACAUUCAUGUUACCAUAUCAGCUGAGUUGGUAGAAUGAACUCCAGACGAUAAAAGAUGAAAUGGAAAA